UUGUAAUUUUCCCAGACAUAUUAUUACACAACUUUACCUUCCCAAUCAGGCUUAUUCUUUCCAAUUUGGCAACAGCUUCGUCUUCACAAAACUCCCGAGUUCCCAACUGAAACUGACUCACCGAGUGACAAAGUCGAACUCAGUAAACCAACGAAAUAGCUUUCAUGACACUGCCUCGGCCUUUGCUCUCAAAACCCAUUAGAACAGUACCACCUCCACCUUUACCAUCAUCCUUCAACAAAACUGCAAAACUGAGUCCAAAUUUGAAUAGGGUCUCUGGGUUUAGUCCCCAUGCUUUCAAAUUCAUCGUCUCCAUGGCUGCCAGCUCUAGACAUGGCAUUUCUUCUGACCCUCAACAUUCAUCGUCCCAGCUGAUCCCUUCCAAUGUCGCCUCCGACUCCAGUUCCUUUCAGAAUUCACCAAGUGAAGUAGAAGCCAUUGAGGAAUACUUAGACAAGGUAAUAUACAGAUUUCGGUUCAUGGCGUUUUUGGGAGUUUUGGGGUCUUUGAUUGGGUCAGUUCUUUGUUUCAUCAAGGGCUGCACUUAUGUUGUACAGUCUUUCAUGGAAUACUCUGUAAAUCGCAGUAAAGUGAUCUGGUCGCUGGUUGAGGCCAUUGAUGUCUAUCUUUUGGGAACAGUGAUGUUGGUGUUUGGAAUGGGUCUUUAUGAGCUCUUUAUCAGCAAUCUCGACAUUGUGAAGUCUUCACAAGAGAAUAAACCUACUGACAGAUCAAAUCUUUUAGGCAUGUUCAUUCUGAAGGAACGACCAAAAUGGUUAGAUAUAACAACUGUGAACGAGCUGAAAACGAAGCUUGGCCAUGUCAUAGUGAUGCUACUUCUAAUUGGGUUGUUCGAGAAGACUAAGAAAGCAGUUAUACAAUCUCCUUUUGAUUUGCUCUGCUUUUCUGCCUCUGUCCUCCUUUCUUCUGGUUGCCUGUUUUUAUUGUCUAAGCUCAAUGAAUAGAAUUGAAAAUUCACGAUAGAUAGCUUGUGAAUACACGGUAUAUAUUUUUCACAGAGCUUGUGAAUGAAAUGUGUGUGUGUAAAGAACACCUAUGUGGUGAACAGUUUACUUUUAGUGGAGAUCAAAAUCUUAACCAUUCAAUUUCUAGCACAAUGUUGAAGUUUCUACAACAGAAUCGUCUACGGGACCAUGUGCCUGUUUUAAGCCACCAGAAAUGUUAAUAAAAUCAUGUCAUA